CUUCAAAAACUCCUCGAGCAAGCACUCAAGUUGAAGAGAUGGUUGAAUGCAUGGCGCAUUUGUGAUUUCACAAAGAACAAAGAGCACUGGCGAAAGUACGCAAUUGCAGCUAUGCAAAACGCUGAUGUUGAAUUGGGUUCAUGCAAUUCCAUAAAUUACCAUUCAGCAAUUCGGGUGAUGAAACAAAUUGAUGACGUUUCAAUGGUAUGGGCGCUCGAAGAGAUUCAAUACAUUGAGGAGCGUAAUCUUCUUGCUGGUCACUUGGCACUUAUUAUGGAACAAUUCGAUGUGGCUGAAUCAUAUUUUCUAAGGUCCACUAAGCCAACAGAAGCGCUUGAUAUGCGUCGUGAUUUACUGCACUGGGAAAAGGCUCUGCAGUUGGCUAAUCGACUAGCACCCGAGCAAAUUCCAUUCAUUUCAAAAGAAUACGCGCAACAACUGGAGUUCAUUGGUGAAUAUAGCACGGCUUUGACGCAUUACGAUAACAGUGUUAUAGAAGGCGAUAAUAUUGAAUCUGAGGAAAUCGGGGAUAGCAAGGAUGAGCAUUAG